CACCCGCUGCCCGCCCGAGCGGCUGUGCCUGCGCCGCCCCGCCAUGGAGCAGGGGCCCGCGGGGGGGUGCGGUCCCGGUGCUGCCGCCGCCGCUGCUGCCGGUACCGGGGGUCUGCUGCUGCCCCUGAGCGAGACCGAGCAGCAGCGCUACUCCGAGCUCUUCUCGCGGUGCUGCCCGCCCCCAGAGGCGGCCGCAGGGGGGAGCAGCGUGGGCGAGCUGUUCCGGGCCUCGCAGCUGCCCCCGGACACGCUGCACCAGAUUACAGAAGUUUGUGGAGCCAAGCGUGUGGGUUAUUUUGGUCCUGCUCAGUUUUAUAUUGCUUUGAAGUUAAUUGCGGCAGCACAGUCGGGGUUCCCAGUACGGAUUGAGAGCAUUAAGAAUGAAUUGCCUCUACCACGAUUUAUGGCGCUGAAAAAUGACACUGAAGUCCGUUAUGGGACUCCAGCAGAAUUCCAUGGAGUUAAAUUUCAGGUUCCACAUGCAACUUUGGAAAAAAAUUCCUACAAAAGAACAGAUGAAGGGGACAAACAGGAAGCCAAGUCUCCUCCGAUGUCUCCAAUUUGCUCACCUCCUGCUUCUCCAUCUACUUACCAGAGAAUACCCCUAAGUUAUGGAUAUGGCAAAGCAAGAAGUGGGCUGGAACAGCAGCAUGGAGCUCCUUAUGAAGUUAGACACUCUACUCACCAGCAAGAUGGACCAUCUUCAGAGAAUUAUGGAGCCAAAUCUGCCCUCACCUGUUCAACUCCUAACCGGUCUCUUUCAGUGGAGCGGGAGCAGCAGGACAGCAGUGCCCAGUACUCGGAUGACCCUUGGAGGAUAACGGAGGAGCAGCGAGAUUACUACAUUAACCAGUUCAGGUCCCUGCAGCCCGACCUCAGCGCCUUCAUUUCAGGUUCCGUAGCAAAGAAUUUCUUCACAAAAUCAAAGCUGCCCAUCCCGGAACUUUCUCACAUCUGGGAGCUGAGUGAUGUGGAUUGUGAUGGGGCGCUGACACUCCCGGAGUUUUGUGCCGCUUUCCACCUUGUGGUUGCGAGGAAGAAUGGUUACCAGCUGCCUGAGACACUGCCAGAGACACUGCUGCCCGAGUACCUUCAAGCAGCUUGUUUGAAGCCCAUGCGUGACUGUGCACUGUUUGAUUCUUACUCUGAGCCGUUGCCAAGCAGUCAGCAGACUCGGGACUUCAUUCGGGCAGAGAAGUCAUCAGCUGAAGAGGUACCUGAUAACUCUGCCCUAUUACAAGAUGGAAAGAAAGAUGACAAACAAGCUCUUAAAGUAAGCACUACUCUCAAAACUAUACCAAAGGAAUUUCAGCACUUGACUGUGAAAGCAGCUGCUCAAGAACCUAAUGCACUCAGAGCCAGACCACGAUCCAGGUCUUAUUCUAGCACAUCAAUUGAAGAUGCUAUGAAAAAGGGAGAAGAGCCCCCUACUCCACCUCCAAGGCCACAAAAAUCACAUUCCAGAGCUUCCUCUUUGGAUCUGAACAAAAUAUUUCAGCAAAACACUCAAGCUGUGAGGUCUGGCUGGCUGCCCCCACCACCACCUGCACUGCCCCCUCGACCUUCUGUAUCUCAGACAGAGCAACCAUCUGAGGUUGAAUUACAUCCUCAGAUGAACAGACCCCCAUCACAGGCAGAAGAAAACAGUUCAGCAAAAAAGGAGGUUGUUCUUGCUCAACCACCCUCCAAACCUGCCCGCAGGAAGCUCCGGACGGAGGCACAAGGGCUGGAGACCCCCGAGCUUUCUCCCACUAUAAAUGUGACUUCUUCCCUGCCAGCAGUCAAGCCUCACCUCCCAGUCCAAAAACAGUCUUCCAAGCAGAAAAGGGCUAUUCAGACCGCUAUACGAAAAAACAAAGAAGCCAAUGCUGUGCUCGCCAGGUUGAACAGUGAGCUCCAGCAGCAGCUGAAGGAGGUCCACAAGGAGCGCAUUGCCUUGGAAACGCAGCUGGAGCAGCUUCGUCCUGUCACCGUCUUGUGACGUCCCGCGUGGCUGUGCGUGAGCAGGAGCAGAGCAGUGUCCAGCAGCCUUGCAAGGAGAGGAGUUCUGUGCAGCUGAGCAGGGUCUCUGCCAAGGCAGUGGGGGAGGAUUGGCCUUGCUGGCUCUCUCUUCACCCCAUUACACACAUUUUGCCUUUGCAGGUGAGGAAGGUACAGAAAACAAAUACCUGACUAUGGAAUAUUUCCAAGUGGGGGAUGCUUUGCCUUCUUUCCUCCCCCUUCCCAGCCUAAUGUGUAAAUGCAGUUUAUCUCUGAAAUGAAUAACCUGAGAGUAUUUUAUUUAUGUAAAGAAUUCCUGAUUUAUAUGUGUUUUGGCAGCACCUCCUGCCCUGAUCAUUAAGAGGUACAGCAUUCCUGAGUUCUUGCUUAAAUUGAAAACUCAUCCUCUGACAUGGGCUUCUGGGUGUUACUGAUUCCUGUAGGAUUGUAUCAUUGUAGAGUACCUGUGGAUUUAACAUACCACAGGAAUAGAACUUGCAAGAUGUACAGAAUCUUUAUCCUCAAUCACAUGUCAAAUAAUUAUUUUCUUAGUACUGUUUAUUAUGCAAUCACGGAUGUAUUUUAAUGUUAGAGAACUUGUAUUUUAUUAGUUCAAAUCAUAUAGGAGAACAGUAAAAAAUACUAAAAUAUAAUUAUUUUGGAAAUUAGGAAAAAAAAAAUCUUUUUGAGCUACAGCUGUUUCUAAUCACCAGUAUUUGAGCACUUGCUUGCAACUACCAGUGUCUCUGCAUUCUUUUAGCAUGUUUGAGAUGGCUGGUGUAUAGCCUUUUUCUUUUCUUCUUUUCCUUUAACCAACAGUGUAUUUCUAACAAGAGGUUAAAAAUGCAUUCAGGUAAUUUUUAUAAAAGCUAUUCUAUGUACAUUUGUAUUAGUCUGCUUUGUUGUCUUAAUAGCUGCUGAUUUGUUUUAAGGAUGUGUACAAGAACUGUACUUCCAGAAGAGGCAAGAUAGCAGAAGUGCUAUGUGUGAGACUAUAAAAUGUGAGAUGGAAGUAAUUGCCUUUUACAGCAGGCUUUUGUUAAGGUUCCUUUGCACAUCAGUGGAGAUGCUACUGAUAGGAGAAAGCUGCUAAUGCCCAUCUGUUUUCUAAAGGAAGAAGUAAAGAUUAAUCUUUAACCUGCAUUUGAUCCUGGGCCAGCUGAAUCCUGUAGGGAGUUUUCCCUGGAUGCAGUGGUGGCUUUGGUCUCAGUUCUUACAGUGGAAGCUGGCUAAUGAAUGUUGCAGUAUUUCUUGGGGCAAUACUCUUGGACUGGGUGACUUCAGACAUAAUAAUGUCAACCCUGCUCCCACCAUGGGUAUAGUGUGCUUUACUGCACGGGGAUGCCACCUACCUGUUGUCCACCUUAAACAUGACCCUGCACACGUCUCACUGACCUGAUUUAAGUGUAUGUGGUUGCCUUGCAGAAAUGGUGCAGCAAUUUUGUCACCCUUGUGGGUGUGAUGCUUGCUCCCUGUAGCUGUAGGAUGGCCCUGGGGCUGAGAGGAAGGAGAAGCAGGUUUGAAGCAGCUGUAACCUCUCCUUGGGGUGUGUCGUGGUAUGGCUGCCGUGGCAUAUCAGAGGGCACCAGAGCAGCCAAAAGUUUUGUUGAGAGAUAAGAAAGGCAUCACUGGGAGUGUUUGAAGUGGUAAGGAAACAGUCUACUUUUGCUGAAAGGAAUGUGGAAGGGGGACAUGAAUCCAGAAGUCUGCAGGUGAAAAUAAGCAUUGGCAGAAUUGUUACUGAAAGUCUGUUUUUGUAAUGCACUAGUUUUGAUUCAACUAAAGAUCACUGUGUCAACCAGCAACAACUGUUCUUCUGGAUUUGGGACUUCUCUCAUGUGGCUGUUGCAUAGCUGGGGUCAGAUGGUCGUUCCUGGUCAGUGACAAAAUGUGAGGAAUGCAAGCUUUUCUGGGAAUCUGCAAAAGAGCUGCUGCCCUCUUGCUAAUAGUGGUAUUGCUGAGAAUUUAUCAUCAUUUAUUUCAUUUGUUCAUAAUACUACUGACUCAUUCCUGAGAUUUAAUGAGGUUAAGUGCUUGCUCUGUUUGCUUUUUAGUUCAUACAUUGUAAUUUGCUUAAUAAGACCUUACUAUGUCAUAGGAAAUAAUCAUAUGGCACACUUGUUUUUUGUUUUAUGGGUAAUUUUUAAGGAAGGCUUUUAAAUUAUUAUAAAGAACCAUGUACACUGCAUUUUUAAGGCAGUAGAGGAGUUUGUCAUAUUUGAAAGGAGCUUCCUUUGAAAUAAUUUCCCAUUUAUUUCACCUGAGUUAUUCAUGGAAUAGACACUCUUCAAGGGAAGAGUGGAGGAGUCUGCUUUAUACCGUCUUUUUCAAAUGUCUCCCUUCUAAAAUCCAGUUUUUUUCAUUCACUGGAGAUUAUGAUACUUGCUUAGCCAACAAUUAAAUACUUGCUCGGCUGUUACUUUACCACUGGAUUAAUACAUAAAAGUAUUUAACAAUCCCUGCA